UCCACCUAGUUUCUUCCUUUCUUGCUUAUCUCUCCCUUCCUUCUCCAUGGCCCUCUUCCUAUUGCUUCUUCUCAUUCUAAUGGCUCCUUCAAGCAGCUAUGCUUACUGGCCACCUUCACCUGGCUACUGGCCAAGUUCAAAGUUCAGGACCAUGAACUUUUACAAAGGUUUUAGAAAUCUCUGGGGUGCUCAGCAUCAAAGACUAGACCAAAAUGCAUUGACAAUCUGGCUUGAUAGAACCUCAGGAAGUGGGUUCAAGUCAGUUCGCCCAUUCCGGUCAGGUUACUUUGAAGCAUCCAUCAGGCUCCAACCUGGGUAUACAGCAGGAGUGAUAACAGCAUUCUACCUUUCAAACAAUGAAGCUCAUCCAGGGUUCCAUGAUGAAGUGGACAUUGAGUUCCUUGGAACCACAUUUGGGAAGCCUUACACUUUACAGACCAAUGUGUACAUCAGAGGUAGCGGAGAUGGAAAAAUCAUUGGGAGAGAGAUGAAGUUUCAUCUCUGGUUUGAUCCCACCAAGGAUUUUCAUCACUAUGCCAUUCUCUGGAGUCCCAAAGAGAUCAUAUUCCUUGUGGAUGAUGUGCCCAUUAGGAGGUAUCCAAGGAAGAGUGCUGCAACAUUUCCUCUAAGGCCAAUGUGGCUCUAUGGUUCAAUAUGGGAUGCUUCAUCAUGGGCAACUGAAGAUGGGAAAUACAAAGCUGAUUAUAGAUACCAGCCAUUUGUUGCAAGGUACACCAAUUUCAAAGCUGCAGGUUGCACAGCCUAUGCUCCGAGCUGGUGCCGCCCGGUCUCCGCCUCUCCCUACCGAGGCGGGCUAACCAGACAGCAGCAUAGAGCCAUGAAAUGGGUCCAAGCCCACCAUAUGGUGUAUAACUACUGCAAGGACCCCAAAAGAAACCAUGCCUUAACACCAGAGUGUUGGCGCUAAGCAGCCAAUCAACUACAAAAAUACCACACCCGUAAUUGCAAAGAAAUUUACUAGUGAAUUUCAUUGUUUUGUCCUCUUGCUUUAAUUUUAUGGUGUCUUGAUAUGAGUUGUGAGGGUUGUUCAGUGUCCAAUGUUCCAAAAAGGAAAAAAAAAACCUUGUGUGUAUUUUUUGGAAAAUUACAGGGGAAGAAUCCGAAGAAAGAUAUAGAAGGAGAUGAUGAAGCCAAAGAGAUGGUGGUGCCGACAUGGGUUUUGGACUUGGUUUUUUGCUUGUCAUUUCUGAAUAAAGCAAAACUUGCUUUAUCUACAUUUAAAAUAGAUAAAAUUCUUUUUC